AUGUGUAUUGAACUGCUACCAUUCCAAAACCAAUCCAUCACAACAGUUUCAGAGAUUGGAUCUGGUCACUACUGCAUAACAAACAAAACCACGCCAUACAAAAAGCCCGUGGUGUCAGCAUCUGAUCAUUCCACAGUAACAAUUAGCAGUUUCACGACAGACUGCGAUCCGCACCAGCUUUGGUACAUCUGGGGUGAAGGAUAUUACUUCCAUAUCCGCAAUGGGUCUGGAAAGUACCUUGUGGUAAGCCCGUCAGGAGCCUAUUCGUCUGUUAUGGGACGAGACGAGUCCCAAGUGUGGAUUGUAGAAGUGGUUCAUGAAGAUUGUAACUUCUAUUACAGGAUCUACGCUAAUGGAACCCCUCGGUUUCAGCUUGUGGAGACGUCGCCUGAUCCGAACCAGAUCUGGAAAAUUUGGCAAAUGGGGACAUAA